AUGAAGUAUUUUCGAUAUUCAUUGCUGCCGCUAUUAUUAUUAAAUAUGAUGCCAAUUCAAGGAUAUCGGAUCUUGUGUGUGUUUCCUUACAAUGGAAAAAGUCAUUAUCAAAUUACGGGAGCUCUAUGUAGAGCUUUGGCGAAAUAUGGCCAUCAGAUCGACAUGAUCAGUCAUUUUCCAUCUAAAACUUCUAUAGCGAAUUAUACGGAUAUAGUAGACCUACAUGGAACGAGACAGGCAGUUGUAAAUAGUUUUUCGAUACAUUAUGCGAAGCAGAUAGAUGCUGCAACAAUAUUUCAUAUUGCCACUACUUUUGGAGGUGAUUUAUGUGCGCUGUUGGGUCACGAAAGGAUGCAAAAGUUCAUCAAGAAUCCACCUAACGAUCCACCUUAUGAUUUGGUUAUCACAGAGUAUUUCGGUUCAAGCUGUUACUUCGGGUUUGGCCGUUUUUUUAAUGUACCACUGAUAGCAAUCGUGGCGAGCCAGGAGUACGCCUUCAUGAACGAAGUUGUAGGAAAUCCCACGAGCAGCUCCUUCUUCCCCUGCAUAUUAGUAGAAUAUCCCGUACUUUCGAACUUUUGGCAGCGAUUGACCAACACAGUUCAAAAUUUUAUACAGCCGCGCUUAUUUAAUUACUAUUCGUCACCUCAAACUGAUGAUAUGAGGAAAUACCUCCGGAAAGAUAUGCCGGAUAUUCGGGAAGUCGAGAAGGACAUAGCAUUGCUGUUUGUAAAUAGCCAUUAUGUAAUUCAUGGAAUUCGACCAGUCACUCCCGCUUUUGUAGAGAUUGCAGGACUGCAUGUCGAAAUGGAUCAAUCGCAAUUAACCCCGGAGUUACAAGAAUGGAUGAACAAUGCAGACGACGGCGUGGUGUAUUUCACUUUAGGUUCAUUGGUGAACAUCGAAACGUUGCCAAACAAUUCUCUACUCGGGUUAUAUGAAUCUUUCAGAAAAAUUGCGCCCAUUAAAGUACUGAUGAAAAUUGGAAAUAAACACGAACUGCCUCCUGGUCUUCCUAGCAAUGUUAUGACGUCACCGUGGAUACCACAGACGGCAGUACUGCGACAUCACAAUACACGGGUAUUUAUAUCGCAUGGCGGCGCAAUGGGAUCAAUAGAAACACUUUACUAUGGUGUACCUGUGAUAGGAAUCCCAUUGUUCGCAGACCAACACCGAAAUAUUAAUAUGUUUGUAUAUAAAGGUAUGGGUGUCAAAUUGUACUACGACAAGUUAUCGGAAAAAAUAAUGGAUGCUGCACUCAACACUGUGUUAAAUAAUUCCAGCUAUAUGGAGUCUGCGAAACGCGAGGCAUUCAAAUUUAAGGAUAGACCAUUAAAACCGCAAGAAGUAGCGAACUUUUGGACCGAAUACGUGAUUCGCAACGGUCAGAAUAUCUUGCGCUCGCCAACGAUGGAUAUGCCAUGGUGGCAGACAAAUCUGAUUGACAUUUACGGAUUUCUUACAGUGUGCAUCAUAGUCACAGCAUAUUUCCUAGCUAUCGUUGUUAAAAUCUUAAUGAACAUCUUCGUAAAACACACCAGUAUCUUGGAAACAAGUAAGCUGAAGGAAUAUUAGAUUUCUUCUUUGUGAUUCUGAUUAUGAUUCAAAAUGAUUAUGAUUGUGUUAAAAAUUAAAUAAUUAAAUAUAUGUACAUAUAGAUUAUAUAUAUAGUUGAAUUAUUAAAAUAUUGAAAUAUUAAAAAUUACUGGAAAUAAAAACGGAUAAUU